CCUACUUACUGGCGACCCGGAAACGAUACAUAUACCAUUCCUCUUCUCAACUUUCAUCCAUGUUACAUCUAUUCCAAUAUCUAAGACUAUAACGAAAUGGGAGACAACUUCACUGAAAAAUCAUCUCAACUCCUCCAAACUGCCUUCGAAAAGGCUGACGAGCUCAGUAACUCUCAAUUACAUCCACUUCAUCUCAUCGCAGCAUUCUGGGACGAUGAAGAGCCGAACAAUCCAAACUUACUGAAAGGUGCUCUUGAGCAUAUCGGAGCCAAUGCGACCGCUUUCAAUCGUGCCCUUCUUUCCCGUCUCAACAAGCUUCCCGUCGUCACUCCCAAACCAGACCCACCUUUGCCACUCACGAAAUCAUUCAAUGCUGUCGUGGUGGAGGCUCAAAAACUUCAAAAAGAGCAAAAUGAUCGGUUUGUGGCUCAGGAUCUCCUUCUAGUAGCGUGCGCGCGGGUGGAUCAAUCGGACAUGAAAGAAUUAUUGAAAGCUGCUGGGACGGAUGUGAACGCGUUCGAAGCUGAGCUUAAGAGGAAGAGGGGAGGAAGGAAGGUGGAUAGUAAAGGAGCUGAAGCACAAUUUGACGCUUUAAACAAAUAUUGUACCGAUCUUACCGCUCUCGCCGAACAAGGAAAACUCGACCCUGUCAUAGGAAGAGACAACGAGAUCCGAAGAGUCAUCCGUAUUCUCUCCAGACGAACCAAAGGUAAUCCAGUCCUCAUUGGUGAACCCGGUGUGGGUAAAACAGCAAUUGUCGAAGGUCUCGCCCAAAGAAUCGUCGAUCGUGAUGUUCCCGCUUCUCUCAUCUCUCGACUUCUCGCCUUGGACAUGGGUGCACUCAUGGCUGGUGCAAAGUACAAAGGAGAAUACGAAGAACGUGUCAAAGCCGUCUUGAACGAAAUUGAGAAAUCAGGUGACGAAGGUACACAAAUCUUACUUUUCAUCGAUGAAAUGCACCUUCUCACCGCUGGAAAAGAUUCGAGUGGAGGUAUGGAUGCUGCCAAUUUACUUAAACCGAUGUUGGCUAGAGGUAAACUCAAGGUUAUCGGCGCUACGACACUGAACGAAUAUCGCGAAUAUAUCGAGAAAGAUUCCGCUUUGGAAAGACGUUUCGCUCAAGUUAUCGUGGACGAACCUUCUGUAGUGGAUACCGUAGCUAUCAUGCGUGGUAUUCGUGAGAAAUACGAAUCUUUCCAUGGUCUAAGAGUUCAAGAUGCCGCUUUGGUAUUGGCUGCUCAACUCGCGAAGCAAUAUCUUACAUCACGAAGACUUCCCGAUUCCGCCAUUGAUCUUCUCGACGAAGCAGCCAGUGCCGUCAAAGUCGCACGCGAAACGAGACCGGAGGCGAUCGAUGAAUUGGAACGACGUAAAGUUAGUUUGGAAAUUGAAAUCCAUGCGUUGGAGAGGGAGAAAGAUGACGCAUCAAAAGAACGUCUUGAAAUCGCUAAAAAAGCUAUUGCGGAAGUGGAAGAUCAAUUAGGACCUUUAAAGCGGGAAUACGAAAACGAAAAACAUAUCGGUGAUCAAAUUGCGGAAAUGAGACGAAAGAUCGAUGAAUUAAGAGCUAAAGCGGAUGAAGCUCAAAGACGAUAUGACCUCGCUACAGCGGCAGAUAUUCGAUAUCAUUCAAUUCCUCAACGUGAAGCUAAAUUACGUGAAUUAGAACAACGUGAAGAAGAAAGAGGAACGGGUCAACAAGUCACACCUGAAAUGAUUGCCGAAGUUGUCGCUCGUUGGACUGGAGUUCCGGUUUCUCGAUUAGUAGAGACGGAAAAAGCUAAAUUACUACGACUUGAGAAGAUCAUUUCGAAAAAAGUUAUCGGUCAACCUGAAGCAGUCAAAGCUGUAGCCAAUGCUAUUCGACUUAAUCGUUCAGGGUUAGGAAACCAAAAUCGACCAAUAGCUUCUUUCCUUUUAGUUGGACCAUCAGGAACUGGUAAAACUUUACUGGCGAAAACUCUAGCAAGUGUCAUGUUUAAUAGUGAAGACGCUAUGGUCAGAAUUGACGCUUCUGAAUAUUCAGAAAAACAUUCGGUUUCACGUUUGAUCGGUGCCGCACCAGGUUAUAUAGGUCAUGAAUCCGGUGGACAACUCACAGAAGCUGUCAGAAGGAAACCUUACAGUUUGAUUUUGAUCGAUGAGAUAGAAAAGGCUGCAAGGGAAUUUCAUCAAUUGUUCCUUCAGGUUUUAGAUGAUGGACGUUUGACGGAUAAUAAAGGUCGAGUGGUGGAUUUUAGAAAUACGAUUAUAAUGAUGACUUCGAAUGUUGGAUCGGUGUAUUUGAACGAAAAUCCUACAGAAGGUCCUGUCCUUCCAGCUGUUCGACAACAAGUCAUGGGAGCCAUUUCAGCUACUUUCCCUCCUGAGUUCAUCAAUCGUAUAGACGACAUAAUCCUCUAUCGCUCUCUUAGUAGACAAGACAUUCACAAAAUCGUCGACGUCAGACUUAAAGAAGUACAACAACGACUCGAAGCCAACGGAAGAAAGAUCAGACUUGCAGUCGACGAUCAAGCCAAAGAUUGGCUCGCAUCAGCAGGUUAUUCACCUUCGUAUGGUGCCAGACCGAUGGCUCGUCUCAUCCAAACUGAGAUACUCAAUCCACUUUCGAAACUACUUCUCCAGACUAGAGUCAGGGAUGGUGAGAAAGCUCAUGUGACGGCAGAUUUGAGAAGAAACAGAUUGGUGGUGAUUCCGAACCAUGAAGCUGAUGUCACUCAACCUGAUGAUAGUGAGGAUGAAGAUGACGGGAUGGAUAUAGAAGUGGAAGAAGUCGAUUGAGGUUAUCGAAGUAUAGCAGGAGGAUCGAUCAACUUAAUCAUCAUUGGUGUUUGUAGAUGUUAUGAAUGUGUUUAGACAUUGAU